GGAACUGCUUGACUUUGUUGGUUUUGUUUUCUUGUGCAAACUUAACAUUGACUUUAACUUGGAGCAUACACAAGACCUACGUAACCUCUUCACCAGCCAAAUUGAAAAUGAUCUUAAAGCUUCUAAAUUUAAUUUGAUAAAGUGUAGAGGCACAAAUCUGACAAAAUAUUUUACCGUGGCAGGAAAACAAGGUCAAGUUUUCUUUGAAAACUUCAACUGAAAGUGUUGCAUUAAUGGUAGUCAGAUUCAUACAAGGAUAGGAUAACCUAUAUUUUCUAAUGAAUAAAGUAUUAUAUUUAGCCUCUCCAGUCCCUACUCCCCACCUUGUCAUCACUACUGAAUUCCGGUGUUAAAUAACUUAAAUUAAGAUUAAAGGAAGGCUUUAUCAAAUUUGGACACACAAAGAAGAUCCUAAAAGGAAACCUUGAAAAACUGCCAAACCAGAGAGGUACCCUUUUGAGGGAGUGACAUAUGACAAGGGUCAUAUGCAUAACAAACACUAUCAUUCACUACCCUCCUCCAUUAAUUGACCUUUAAAACAGUUCUCCAGGCACAAGGUACAUAUUUUCUUUCUUUUCUGGUAGAAUGCUUUCUGCAGAAUAUUGAAAUUCUGGGCUAGUUUCAAGGCCUUGAUUUUCCGAUGACUCGAUUAAGUUUGCAUUUUCUGCAUCUCCUUCUUGUAUUAAAAAUCUUCUCUGUUGAAGCACAAUUUAACUCGGUCGGAGAUGAAGGAUCUGCACAAGAUGGUGUCUCAAAUUUUCAACCAAGUCUUGCUAUUGUUGUAGGAAUUCUCUGCAUCAUGUUUUCUCUAACUUUUAUCUUCCUUAUCUAUGCCAAAUUCUGUCACAGAGGAGCUUCUAUUCACAGUGAUUUGCAGAAUCUUCCUGCACUAGUUCGAUCAACAUCACGAUACUCUGGAAUUGAUAAGACGGUGAUAGAGUCACUUCCUUUCUUCAGAUUCUCCUCUUUGAAAGGAUCUAAGGAUGGACUUGAAUGUGUAGUCUGCCUGUCGAAAUUCGAAGAUAUUGAAGUUCUUCGUUUGCUGCCUAAAUGCAAACAUGCCUUUCACAUUAACUGUGUUGAUCAGUGGCUUGAAAAACAUUCAAGUUGCCCUCUAUGCAGGUGCAAGGUCAGUGCUGAGGACCCCACAAUCUUCACAUAUUCAAAAAGUAUGCGAUUCUUGGGAAAUCAACUAGAGCUUCAAGAGGACUCAAAUGUAGAGCUAUUUGUCCAGAGAGAGGAAACCCUUCAAGGAUCUUCAAGAUUUAGCAUUGGAAGCAGCUUCCGAAAGGUUGAAAAGGUUAACAAGGAUGAAGUAGCGUUAAUCCAACAAGAAGCUUGUGGUUUUUCCGAUGAUGAUCAAAAGACCUUGCAUAAGUUCAAUCACAAGAUUAUUAUAUCUGAUGUUAUCCUCAAAAGUAGAUGGAGCAGCGUGAGUUCUUCUGACUUGAUGUUCUUGAACUCAGAGAUGCUUCAAGAUAUGUCAAGCACCAGAUUCUCUUUUUUGGAUUCGAACAAUGAGCAAUUCACAGCUACAAGAACCAUAGAAGGCAAGCAAAUAAUGAAGAUCAAGGAAGAGAUGGAGAUGAAGAGAUUGUUUGAAAGCAAGGUUAACACAAUUAACCAUUACCCUCCAGAUUCAUUUCCAGGUCAUGCUUCUACAUCAGAUUCAAAUGCAAUUUCAAGUCACAACACAUCAUACAUCACGAAUUCAGGUGGCAGAAGAUCAGUAUCUGAAAUCACAGCUUUUUCAAGAUUUAGAAAUUUGAGUAUCAAGAAUACAAUCAGAGAGUCUCUUUCAGGUGGAAGCAAUAGAAAGGAGGAAAGACAGCGUCGGCUUUGGUUGCCAAUUGCAAGAAGAACAGUUCAGUGGUUUGCCAAUAGAGAAAGAAGAUCUCAACCGACUGAGAACACCAUACAGAAAUUGGAUGUGUAAAAAAGAUUUGAUCCCUAUCUCCUUUAUUUUUAUUAUAUAUAUGAUAUAUAUAUUUUUUUAAAAAAUCAUAGGCAAUAUCACAUAGAUUCCUGAAAUUUGAUAAUAUUUUAUCCAUGGAAAAAGCAAAACAUAGAUAGUUCUUCUAAGUUUAAACUUCAAUGAUAACAACUUCACAUUUCCCUUUUCUUUUUCA